CCUUUGUUGUCAUAAGAUACAACUGCAUGCACUAAUGAUCAAUGAGUUCCCUUUCAGGACCUGGGAAAUUAUUUGAAGUUAGAGUUUGAUACAUUUAUCUGAAUUCUAAAUCCAUAUCAGUAGGACUGCUGUAACCUACUUCGUGCACAGCGCAUGGAGCAUGAGGAAGGAAUUCAAAGGUUGCAAAGAAUUCUGCCAAGAGUUUUGCUACAGAGAGCUGAAGAAAUAUUUCCUUCACUGAGAGAAACCAUGAACCUUGCAGAUUCAGUGGAAGCACGAAGUCUCUGUAGUGAGAUACAUGCAGCAUCUUCUCAUGAUGCAAGUCAGGUCAACAGUGUAAAAGCUGAGGAAGUGUCAGAUGCAGAAGAAGAGAAGUAUCCUGUGCCAAUAACAUUUCAAAGAAUAAAGGCUGAACCUGAGAACCUUGCAGAUUCAGUGGAAGCACGAAGUCUCUGUAGUGAGAUACAUCCGGCUUCUCAUGAUGCAAGUGAGGCCAACAGUUUAAAAGCUGAGGAAGUGUCAGAUGCAGAAGAAGAGAAGUGUCCUGUGCCAAUAACAUUUCAAAGAAUAAAGGCUGAACCUGAGAGUACUCUGAAUGACCUUCAACCUGUAUGCAGUGGGGAGCGGCGAUAUUCCUGUGAUGAGUGUGAUAAAUCAUUCACUGAACAGUGUAAUCUGAGGGCUCAUCAGUGCGAGACACAUCAACCCAUACAUAGUGGAGAGCGGCCAUAUUGCUGUGACAUGUGCACUAAGUCAUUCAGUCAGCAGGGUAGUCUGAAGAUACAUCAACGCAUACAUAGUGGAGAGCGGUCGUUUUGCUGUGAUGUGUGUGCUAAGUCAUUCAGUCAGAAGGGUAGUCUGAAGAUACAUCAACGCAUACAUAGUGGUGAGCACCCGUUUUGCUGUGACGUGUGUACUAAGUCAUUCAGUUUUCAGAGUGGUCUGAAGAGGCAUCUGCGCAUGCACAGUGGAGAGCGGCCGUUUUCCUGUGACCUUUGUAGUAAGUCAUUCAGGCAGAAGGGUAGUCUGAAGAUACAUCAACGCAUACAUAGUGGAGGGAACCUGUUUUGCUGUGACAUGUGUGCUAAGUCAUUCAGUCACCUGAGUAGUCUGGAGGUACAUCAGCGCAUACAUAGGGGAGAGCGCCCGUUCUCCUGUGAUGUGUGUACUAAGUCAUUCAGUCGGUUGAGUACACUGAAGAUACAUCAGCGCAUACAUAGUGGAGAGCGCCUGUUUUGCUGUGAGGUGUGUACUAAGUCAUUCAGUGAUCGGAGUAGUCUGAAGGUACAUCAGCGCAUACAUAGUGGAGAGCGCCCGUUUUGCUGUGACGUGUGUACUAAGUCAUUCAGUCAGAAGGGUAGUCUGAAGAUACAUCAGCGCUUACAUAGUGGAGAGCAGCCGUUUUGCUGUGAUGUGUGUACUAAGUCAUUCAGUCGCCUGAGUAGUCUGAAGGUACAUCAGCGCAUACAUAGUGGAGAGCGCCCAUUUUGCUGUGAUGUGUGUACCAAGUCAUUCAGUCAUCAGGGUAGUCUGAAGAUACAUCAACGCUUACAUAGUGGAGAGCGCCCAUUUUGCUGUGACAUGUGUACUAAGUCAUUCAGUGAUCGGAGUGGUCUGAGUAAUCAUCUGCACUUACAUAGUGGAGAGCGCCUGUUUUGCUGUGAGGUGUGUACUAAGUCAUUCAGUGAUCGGAGUAGUCUGAAGGUACAUCAGCGCAUACAUAGUGGAGAGCGCCCGUUUUGCUGUGACGUGUGUAGUAAGUCAUUCAGUCAGAAGGGUAGUCUGAAGAUACAUCAGCGCUUACAUAGUGGAGAGCAGCCGUUUUGCUGUGACGUGUGUACUAAGUCAUUCAGUCACCCGACUAGUCUUAAGAUACAUCAACGCAUACAUAGUGGUGAGCGGCCGUUUUGCUGUGUUGUGUGUAAUAAGUCAUUCAGGCAGCAGUGUUAUCUGAAGGUACAUCAGCGCAUACAUAGUGGAGAGCGGCCAUUUUGCUGUGUUGUGUGUAAUAAGUCAUUCAGUCGUCGAUAUUGUCUGAGGAAGCAUUUGCGCAUACAUAGUGGGGAGCAAGCGUAGAGCUGUGUGGUGUGUACUAAGUCAUUCAGUGAUCGGAGUAGUCUGAAGGUACAUCAGCGCAUACAUAGUGGAGAGCGCCCGUUUUGCUGUGACGUGUGUACUAAGUCAUUCAGUCAGAAGGGUAGUCUGA